UAACGUGUUUUUUCGUGAAACAAUAGUGUACACGUGCCCCCAGUGAAUAUCCUGCAGAAAUCAUGGCUGUGACAAGGAGUACAGCGGCCAGCUUAAGUCGGAGAGAUGAUGCCAACGAUGGAUUCCCUGACCUCACGCGACCAAACUCGCCGCCGUCGUCCAUUUCACGAGCACAAGAUGGCGACGACACCUUUGCGCCGCAAGCCGAAGCAAAAACCACGUUUACGAAUGAAAACGUGGCCUCUAUUAUAUCGUCUCUACAACGCUCUCAAACAGAGGCAUUCAAAGAGUUACUUAUCUCGGUAUCGCGAGCGAACACUCCCAAUCUAGAUGUACUAGGGCAAAGCACCCUAGCUCGCUGCAGAGCAACCUUUGCCGGCAAUCCUAAGACGUCGGUUGAAGCAUUCAUUGACGCCAUUGAGGCAUAUAGUAGCUGCGCGCAAAUAUCAGACUCAAACAUAAUACGUGGUUUAGCUUAUCUUUUUAAAGAAGAAGCGGCUACAUGGUUGCAAGGCAUACAACACUCUAUAUCAACGUGGUACGAAGCUAAACAUAAUUUGCUGUGUGCCUACGGAGAUCGCCGGCCGCCUCACCGCAUCUACCUAGAAAUCUUUGCAACGCCACAGGGUAGCGAAAACACGGACAUGUUUGUGGCGCGCGCUCGCGCCCUUUUGGCUCGCCUUCCUAAGGGCGACGUCUCCGAGUCGGCCGAAAUCGACAUGAUAUACGGACUUCUUCUUAAUAGAAUUAGGAGAAGGCUACGCAGGGAAGAAUGUCAUAAUUUCUUUGAGCUACUACUCAUGGCCCGUACCAUCGAAGAUUCUUUUGACGGAAAACCUGCCACAGUGUCUACGACACCAUCAAUUUCUAUGCAGUCCACCAGUCGCGCCUCCACGCGUGAUAGCACACGCGGGCAGCAGAGCGCGCCCACACCGCCGCAGCGCGCGCCCCCGGAUGCGCCUACUGCGCCCAUUCUCGCCGCGCAGCAGAGCGCGCCCACACCGCCGCAGCGCGCGCCCCCGGAUGCGCCUACUGCGCCCAUUCUCGCCGCGCAGCAGAGCGCGCCCACACCGCCGCAGCGCGCGCCCCCGGAUGCGCCUACUGCGCCCAUUCUCGCCGCGCAGCAGAGCGCGCCCACACCGCCGCAGCGCGCGCCCCCGGAUGCGCCUACUGCGCCCAUUCUCGCCGCGCAGCAGAGCGCGCCCACACCGCCGCAGCGCGCGCCCCCGGAUGCGCCUACUGCGCCCAUUCUCGCCGCGCAGCAGAGCGCGCCCACACCGCCGCAGCGCGCGCCCCCGGAUGCGCCUACUGCGCCCAUUCUCGCCGCGCAGCAGAGCGCGCCCACACCGCCGCAGCGCGCGCCCCCGGAUGCGCCUACUGCGCCCAUUCUCGCCGCGCAGCAGAGCGCGCCCACACCGCCGCAGCGCGCGCCCCCGGAUGCGCCUACUGCGCCCAUUCUCGCCGCGCAGCAGAGCGCGCCCACACCGCCGCAGCGCGCGCCCCCGGAUGCGCCUACUGCGCCCAUUCUCGCCGCGCAGCAGAGCGCGCCCACACCGCCGCAGCACGCGCCCCCGGAUGCGCCUAUCGCGCCCAUUCUCGCUGCGCCGCAGAGCGCGCCCACGCCGCCGCAGCGCGCGCCCCCGUCUGCGCCUACCGCGCCCAUAGUCGCCGCGCCGCGGAGCGCACCCACGCCGCCGCAGCGCGCGCCCCCGGCUGCACCUACUGCGCCCAUUCUCGCCGCACCUCAGAGCACGCCCGCGCCCGAGCCGGACUAG